CGCGCUAAACACUUUUUGCCUUUUGGUUAGAAUAGAAGAAGAUUGGUGAUUGGGCUGAUCAUCGUUCACUCGAUCACAACUUUCAACAGCAUACACCAGUCACUAUGAAAGGUCUCGCAUUCCGAAAGCUGGGCAGAUCAACUGGUCACAGAGAUGCUUUACUGCGUAACUUGGUCACAUCGCUAAUCCAACAUGAACGCAUCAAUACAACAGUAGCAAAAGCAAAAGAAGCACAAAGGGAAGCCGAAAAGAUUAUUACAAAAGCAAAAAGAGAAUUUGUAGAAAAACGAAUUGGAAGACAAGGAAAUCAAGCGAUGAGAUAUGUCUAUCAGCCAGCAGAAUCUAUGCCUUUGCUUCAAAAACUUGCAGAAAGAUAUGCUGAUCGACCGGGGGGAUAUACACGCAUUCAUUUGCAUGGAAAUCGACCGGGUGAUAAUGCACCUCGUGCUUUGUUGGAAUUGGUCGAUCAACCAAAAGGUGAUUUGAAAUUGCAAAUGACUGCAAUGGCAAUGGGAAGACAGAUGUAUCUACGUGCCAACAACGAUGGAGCUGGAGAUGCUAUUCAAUCAGUAGCAUCUGCUCUAGGAAGCACACCGAUCGAACAUGACGAACAAUUCCAUCUUCUUACCCGAAGGAAUGCUGAAAAGCUGGUCAAGUUUGGAGGAGAAGAAAAGCGAGCGCUAUUGAUGAACAAAGCCAAAGAGCACUUCUACAGACUGAUGGCAAUGCGUCAAUUGGAAGGUGAUAGAAGAAUCGAUGUUGAACGAACAAAGUCACUCAAAAACAACAAGCCACGUGGAAAUAGUAGCGCAUUCACACCUCCUAUGCAAGGUCAAAGAAGAUUGGCUGGAAUGGAAAAGAAUGUGUUGCAAAGUGGUCCGGAUGAACCUGCUCAACCUUUCAAACGAGGAGAUUACAGAAAGAACAGUGUGAUUCGAAUCAGUAAAGGUGUAUUUGCCAAACGUCAAACACGGAAUGGCUUCAUCCCAAAAUUGGACAGACCAGCUUCUCAACCCGAGUCAACAGCAUGAUUUCGUUAGAAUCAUCUGCUUAUUCCUUUCAACAACAUGUAUACUAGCCAAGCAAUGAUCAUUUGUAACAUCGCAUCA